UCCUUUUGGAUUGCUGGUGUUCAGCUCAUGAGGUCUCUGUCCAGAAAGCGCCACAGACUAUUUAAACCAAGAAGGAAACUCAGUUUGCCUUCUCUCUGCCACAGGAGGGGUGCUGCAAUCAUUCUGGUGUGGGUCACAGAGCGGAGUGUUUGUUACAAAAUGUCUGUGUUAUGCUGUUACAGGCUGCAGGGGAGAAAGAUUGUGUUCAUCUCCUGGCUUUCCUGGCUGCUUUGGUGCAGUAUGAUGCUCUCUACUGCUUGGGGAUAUGUGAUUGUGAGCUCAGUCUCCUGGUCAGUUACCAACGAGGCAGAGGAGGACCUGGACAGCUCCUCCAACGAGGAGGCGCUGCCUUCACUCCUGGAAGAAACCACAAGCAUCUGGAAGCAAAGCUACCCAGCCUCUGUUUACAAAGAGGACAGCGAAAUGAGGGCCAGGUCAGGAGUUGCGAGGUCCAAGCAGAUCGUCUCUCCUUCCAGGAUGUUUUCCUAUAGGAGGGAAAAUGUCAAAGAGACUGGCAGCUUUCCUCAUCAGCAGCAAAUCAUCAGGACUGCCCGAUCUCUGGCUCAUACUAACAGCUGGGGCUUUCUGGCUACUGUAUCUACCCAGGAAAAGAUGAGGAAUCAAAGCAGAGCUUCAGUGACUUCCUCCGGGUCAUGUGACCCUAUCAAGGGUAUGCCCUUUGGAAACUGCUUACCCAUUAGUGAUGGACCCUUCAACAACAGCACUGGAAUUCCCUUCUUCUAUGUGACUCCAAAGGACAGCAUUGUUGCUGACUUGAUGAAAAAUCCAGCUGCCUCCCUGACCCUGCCAGAAACAGCAGGAGAUUUCUGCAGAAAAAAUAUCAUUGACUUGGAAGAUCUUCGAUGUGCCAGGUUAACUCUUACAGGACAGAUGGUUUAUGUGUCUUCAGAAGAAGUGGAAUUUGCUAAGCAAGCAGUGUUUUCUAGGCAUCCAGUGAUGAGGAAAUGGCCCCGUCAUUAUGAGUGGUUUUUCAUGAAAAUGAAUGUUGAAAAUGUAUGGCUGCAGAACUGGCAUGGAGGAGUCUCUGACAUUGCAACAGAAGAAUAUUUCAAAGCCGUUCCAAGUAAAGCUUGAAGAAGCCUUGAAACGGACCUCCAUCUUUGCUUUUAAAAAGGCAAUUGUUUAAAAUUAUGCCAGCCAGGCCACAAUUGGGCAAGCUCUUUUCAGAAAGGUUCCAAAAAGAAUAUGACCAGGAACCACUGGGGAAAAAGAGAGGUAAAGAUGGUCAUUUCCAGAUUGUGGAUUCUCACUGAUGUCAAAAGUCAUCUGGCUUUUGUUUAAUCACUUUAGGUGAUUUAGGUCCUUUAGGUCACUUUAGGUCCACUCUUUUGGAACUUCUUGGUGUGCCUCAAAAAGAUGACAAACAUAGUAUGUGUUGAAACAGUUGGUUUCUAUUCUGUAGGAAAACCAAUUACUCACAUGAGAACAAUGUGACUGCAUUAUAUUGUGAAAGUGCUUUUGUUUCUUGCUUUGCCAAAAGCAUCAUCCAAGUGUUCUAAGUUUGAUAUGAGUAUAAACAGUUUGAAUUAACAACAUAUAGCCAUAUGUGGAGAAAACCAUUGAAGGAUGGUUUUGGAUUACAAGCAUGUUACCAAAUCACCUGGUUAUUAUUUCCAGACCAAUUACAUGCCUUACCCCACCCCCACCCCACCCCAUAACAUAACCAACAGUGUGAUAACUUGCAGUUUUGUACUUAGCUUUAGUCUAAGUAAGCUGAUUAUGUAGAAUAAAUGAGGUGGUUUGUUAUAAUGAAGUUUGGGUAAAGAAUACCCAAUGUUUAUUACAUUUGUCUUUGCCAUUGUUCAGCUAAAACCAGAAGCAGUUCAGUGUAAGAGGGCAAAAACAGGAGUGGAAGGAAACUUUUCCUACCUAAUGUUCAUAUCAUCCCUAGCAAGAGAGAAAAGAAUAGGAGCUCAGAACUGGAAGGGAUUUCAGAGGGCCCUUACUGUGUAGAAAGCCCCUCUAUUAGUUUCCUAACAAGUGGUCAUCUGGUCUCCUUUUGAAGGGCUCCAGUGCUAGAAAUCCCACUACUUCUUGAGGCAGCUCAUUCCACUGUGGGACAGCUCCAAUUGUUAGAUAGCUUUUCCUUUAUGUGGAGCUAAAUUCGUCCUCUGAAACUUUCACCCAUUGUUUCUGGUUUUGUCCACUGGAACCAAGCAAAACACUUCUAAUUCCAAUUUCUCUAUCAUGUGAAGCUUCUUUAGCUCUUUGAAGACAGUUAUUACAUUCUUCUAAAAAAAUCCUCUUUUUUAAUGGCCUAAAUAGUUUCAGUUAUUUCCGUUCACAUAGAAUAAGAACAGAUGAGGUGGGGGGGGGGGGGGUGAAGCCCUACAUAAAUAGAAAAGAAUUAAACCAGGAAAAAGAGCAAAACAGCUGUUAAAGAGAAUUAUCGUUAAGAGCCAUAUUUGCUACAACCUUUCCUUCAAAAAUGUUUCUGAGACAUGAUUCCUAUUUUACUUUUAGCAUGUCUGUGGGAGCAUUUAUAAAGUCUGGCAAAAUUUCUCAAAAUUUACUGUACAAUAUGAACCAGACUAUUUGGCCUCAGAAAUAGUAAGACAAAAUUUCCCAGUUCAUUACUUUUUUCAUGCUUUGAUUUCUAAAUUCUAAAUUCUAAGUCUAAAGUACUAUUAAUAAGUUGCUCUGUUACAGUUUUUAGGACCCCAAAGUGGAAUCUUUGUUGCAUACAUAUGUGAGAUUAAAAUUGGAUAUUAGAUCAUAAAUCUACCCUACUUAACCUUUCCCUUAAUUUAUCUCCCAGACUAGUAAAUGGAAGAAGCUUCUGGUUUUCUAGA